AUGAUAAUGAGUAUCCAGCAGUGCCCCCCCUUCUACAAUUUGGUCUCGCGUUAUUCUGUUCUCGAAGACUGUACUAAAUACAUAAAUCGAGCAGUGCGUAUACACUAUACUCCAAAAUCUGCGCGAAGUCAUCGCCGACUAUCCAUGAAGAUCCUUACGGAAAGAGAUGCAUUUUUGCUGGACUUUGAGGUUUUCCAGCAUCUACGCGACUUGAAGAAAACUUAUAACUGGACAUUUACACCGGAGGAAGAAGCUCAGAACAACAACAAGAGGAAACGUUUCACUGCGGCAGGGCUCGACUUGGAAGUUGUCACGAGAGAUAUCACAGCCUACUUCAGUAGCAAUGCGGCAGGUCUGAUCCCAGACGAAAAGGCUUUUACAGAGCUAAUGACUUUUUUGAACGGCUUCGACUUGAUGAAGGUUGAAAAACUUCAAAUCGUCAACUCAUUGCCUCGUUCCAUGGUGCAUUUAUACGGAUUGGUGGAGGAAUGUGAUCAGCGCUUUGAUGAAGAAACAUGUGAGUCCAUCUUGGCCAAAAUCAAUGAGUUGAUGCCUGUAGAGGCUGACGAAGAAGAAGAGGAGGAGGGAGAAGAGGAGGAAGCAGAGGAAUAA